CGGACCAUGGGGAAUACGGAGAGCAACGUGACCAGUGGCGUCAAAAAACAGGCGGGAGUCUCCACACAGGCCCUCUACAAAUUUGUCAAUCUCAAGGGCGGCGGCCUCCUCGUGGACAUGAUGAAGCGCGCCUGCCAGACGAAACAGUUCGCGGAGAUCGACCACGCCAUCAAGACCAAGGUCGAGCCCUUUCUGUACAACAAGGGUGCAGGACGGUAUUUCCCCAUCUCCAAGCUGGUGCUGCUGCGCAAUCGAGACCGCCCAAGGACGCGACAGCUGCCCGAGAUCCGGGCCCUGGAGAACCCCGACGACGACUUCAACAUCCACGACUAUUGUCCCGAGGUAUCGGAGGCAGAGUACAUCUCCAAUCCGAGUGCCUACAGAUUCGUGUGUUGGGAUCUAAAUGAGCGCGGAGCCGUGGGCGAGACCAUCCUUCAUUUGUGUCUGCUCAACGCCUCCUCACUGCACGCGGACCUCGCCAAGCGACUGCUCAAGUUCUACCCAAAGCUGAUACUGGACAUCUACAUGAGUGACGAGUACUACGGGGAGAGCGUCCUGCACAUAGCCAUAGUGAACGAGGAUCCGGCAAUGGUCAAGUAUCUGUUGGAUGCCAAUGCCGAUGUCCAAGAGCGUUGCUGUGGGGCCUUCAUGUCGGCGGAGGAUACAAAAUUCUCGCGCACGGAUUCCCCAGAUCACGAGUACGUGGCUCUUUGUCCCAUAACCAACUACGAUGGCUACGUCUACUGGGGCGAGUAUCCUUUGAGCUUUGCCGCCUGCCUGUCGCAGGAGGAGUGCUUCCGCUUGGUCCUGGCACGGGGAGCGGACCCCGACUUCCAGGACACCAAUGGCAAUACCGUUCUCCACAUGCUGGUCAUCUACGAGAAAAUCGAAAUGUUCGAUGUGGGCUAUGAGGUGGGCACCAACAUUCACGUGAAAAACAUCCAGAACCUGACCCCACUCACGCUGGCUGCCAAGCUGGGGCGCGUGGAGAUGUUCUUCCAUGUGAUGAGCAUCGAGAGGGAGAUCUACUGGCAGCUGGGCAGCAUCACCUGUGCCGCGUACCCCUUGCUCAUGAUCGACACGAUCAACGAACAGACUGGGAAUAUCAACAAGGACUCGGUGCUGAAUUUCGUCGUCUUUGGAGACAAGCUGGAGCAUCUGGAGCUGUUGGAUGGCGUGGUCAUAGAUCUCCUGAAGACCAAAUGGGACACGUUCUGCAAGUCGCGAUUCUAUAAGCAGUUCUACAUGUUCGCGUUCUACUUUCUGAUCUCGCUGUUCAGCUUUAUACUGCGGCCAGGUCCGGAUGCCAAGGAGGAGGAUGAGGAGAAUGCAAACAGCACUACGGCUAAGAAUGAUCUCUAUAGAAACGAUAGCUCCGAUGUUCACCAUCAACAGAGCAAAAGGGGUUCUUCCCUUAGCACCGAGUACAAAACCUUUUGGUUGAACUUCACGGAGUAUUACGAUCCUAAUGAGGUGGAAGUCUUGCCCGCCUGGUGGGAGAGCUAUGCCCAGUGUCCGCUCAUGAAUCUCGAAUCCGAUCUGGCCAAGCUCAGAAUCAUGGCCGAGAUGAUCAACUUUGUGGGCGCGAUCUUGUAUCUGCUUGUGGCUCUACGGGAGGCUAGAUUUCUGGGCUAUAAAAUGUUUGUAGAAAACUUGAUGACAGCUCCCUCGAGAGUCAUGUUUCUGUUCUCUUGUGCUUUGAUGAUGACCAUACCCUGGUUGAGGGUCUCCUGUCUCACCGAGAUCGAUGACCAUGUCACAGUUUUCAUAAUGCUGACCACAGCUCCAUACUUUCUGUUCUUCUGUCGUGGCUUCAAGACCGUUGGUCCUUUCGUGGUGAUGAUAUAUCGCAUGGUGAUGGGCGAUCUGCUCCGUUUCGUUUCCAUCUAUUUAGUCUUCGUGCUGGGCUUCUCGCAGGCCUUCUACAUAAUCUUUCUCACCUUUGAUAAUCCCUCGACGCCAGAGGACCAGGAUGCGGAAUCGAAUCCCAUGCCCUCGCCUAUGGAGUCCAUUGUGGCCAUGUUCCUGAUGUCGCUGACAAAUUUCGGGGACUACUACGGGGCCAUGGUCUCCACCCAGCACGAGUACGAGGCCAAGAUCCUGUUCUUCCUUUUCAUGGUGAUUGUUAGUGUGCUGUUGGUCAACAUGUUGAUCGCCAUGAUGGGUAAUACCUACCAGAAGAUAGCCGAGAUACGCAACGAGUGGCAGCGCCAGUGGGCCCGGAUUGUCCUAGUUGUGGAGCGAAGUGUCCCGCCAGCGGAGCGUCUCAAGAACUUUAUGCACUACAGUCAGCCCAUGUCGGAUGGCAGAAGAGCCCUGGUUCUGCGCCUCAAUAUGACCGACGAGGAGAAGGAGGAGAUGAAGGAGGUCCAGGAAAUGAAGCGUAUUCAUCAACGCUUCUCCAAUAAGCGGCAAAUGGAGCGGGAGGCACGGGCCCGUCGCCGCCAGCAGGAGUACGAGAAGUUCUUUGGCACCGCCCGCAAGUCGGAGAGUUCCGAGAACAACAACUUCUGAGGUCCUUCUUCCCGGUCCUGUUCUGUCCUGACGACCCCCGAAGCACUUAAUUAGUUCAAGUUUUAUUGAGCCUUGUUGAAAUCUGUUCGGUUUGUGCAAUAAAUUGAGAGUCGACA